UUUUCCGGAUUCGGAUUUAGGACGCGUGCGCGCACGCUCGGCCGCUGGGGGCGGGGCGAGGCCUGGGCGCGCAGUCUGGGGAGGAUGCGGCCAGGCGGCGCGCGAGCCGGGAUCGACGUGGGCGCGCGGGCGGCGUCCGGCGCGGGGGCGCGCUUCCUCGUUGGCUGGGCGGCGAUACUCGCUGGCAUGGCGCCUCGACCGCUUUCGCCCUACUUGUUUUUCCUGGCAGCCCUGGUAGGGCUCCUGGGUCCCAGCGAGGUAAGGCGCCCCACUCCUGGGAAGCCUUCGGCCAGAGAUCUCAAAGCGCUUUGCCAAAAGUUCGUCCUGGAAGGAGUGACGCGCCUAGAGGAAACUCAAAGUCCCUUCUACCCGCAACCCGUGGGCCUGGGAAGAGAGAGAGAAGGUAGGGCCCUUCUGAGGCCAGCGCCCCAGCUCUGCGCCUUGGACCCACAGGUGGUGGCUGAGCUGGUGGAGGAGGCUGGAGCCCGUUGUCCCGAGGGUCUAUGGCCUCUGCCCCCACAGGUGUUACCAAAAGUGACCUACACGCGAGUGAGACCAGGGCAGGAGGAGGAUGUCACCUUCCUCUAUCACCCCUGUGCUCAUCCCUGGCUGAAACUCCAGCUUGCCCUCCUGGCCCAUGUUUGUGUUUCUAAGCCCUCACUCAUCCCUGACUCCAACCUCACUUGGGACAGGCCCCUGGUGCUGACAUCAUGGGGGAUGGCACUGGAGAUGGCAUGGGUAGAGCCAAUCUGGGCUGCCUACUGGUUAAAGAGGAGGCAGCGGAGGAAGCAGAGGAAGAAAAUAUGGUUCCAUUCUGACAGCCUUGCUCAGCCCUUUCCAUCUGUGCCAAGCCACCGCAGAGGGAGGCUGUAUCCAAGAGGCUGUAUGCAGGCCCCAGCAUUGGCCUUUGCUCUGCGUAGCUGGAGGCCUCCUGGUACAGAGAUGCUGUCUAGAGGGCCCAGGCAGCGCUCUUCCAGUGGUGCCAAGAGACGGGGGCUUCGAGCUGCCCUGGGUCUCCAGUCCACUCCUGAAGGCCUGAGGGUUCCUUUUGCUUCCCCGUGGAGUUUAAAGGUCCAGCAGCCCAUUUUGAGAACGCAGAGUGAGGAGGCUGAUUCCCCAUCUGUGCCUUUAGUCCCCUUGUCACCUGAGGGACCAAUUAGCAAUGCAAGCAUCAGGUCAGAGGGUCAGACACCCAAAGCCCAAGGCAACCCAGGGGGGUGUGCCUGCCCCAAUCAGGCUUCCCCUGCCCCUCGAGCAGCAGCGCCUCCACGGGCAGCCCGGGGCCCCACCCCACGCACAGAGGAGGCUGCCUGGGCUGCCAUGGCCCUGACUUUCUUGCUAGUAUUGCUCACACUGGCCACGCUCUGCACGAGGCUGCAUCGAAAUUUCCGCCGGGGAGACAGCGUCUACUGGGGACCCACAGCGGACAGCCAGGACACUGUAGCUGCUGUGCUGAAGCGGAGGCUGCUGAUGCCCUCGCGUCGAGUCAAGCGCUCCCGUCGGAGACCCCUGCUCCCGCCGGUGCCAGACAGUGGCCCGGAUGUGGAGAGCUCCGACUGACUCUCCCUAGCCCUGCCGCUGGCCGGGUGGGCUCCUCUGCUGUGCAUCUAGGGCCUCUGCCACGUAAGCUGCAGACAGGGGCGCCCCCUGGUGGCACAUCCAGCAGCCCGGCUACAUAUUGCAGAUACUGCCUCUUUGACAGUGUAGGUUGUGUGGAGUGGCCAGGAGAGCCAUUCCUGACCCUCUUGCCCAAACUUGUUUCUAAUUAAAUUAUUUUAGUAGAGCCCGAA